AUCACUUCCUGCGGGGAUCCACGAGGAGGGGACAGCGCCUCUGGGACCCGGCAACGAGCUGGCAGGGCCACCCCGCGGCCACAAUGGCCAGCCUGGCCGCCCAGGACUCCUACUUGCAGGGCUUGGCCAGGAGGGUCAGCGCGCAGCACCCCCCGGAGUCGCGGAAGAGGAAAUUUGUGCCUAAGCCAGGCCAGCCCGAGGAUGCUGGGAGACAGCCCAAGAAACAGAAGAGAAAGAAACUGAGGAAGCAAGCUGAGAAGAAGAAUGCACCUUCAGUCAAACAGGUGGUUUCUAACACCAGUAAAUCCACUCCAGGACAGAAAGCAGCCCCUCAAACCAGCAAAUCCUCUCCACAGGGUGUUACACAGAAUAGGAAUGAGAGUUUGGCCACAGGGAGUAAAAGUGAACUGAGUUCCCCUUCUGUUUCUGCAAUCAAUCUCUUGCGUCAGAGACUGCACGAGAAGAUUAAAAAAGCUUCUGGACAAGAUAAUGCCAAAGAAUUAACCCCUGCAGUCCUGGAGAAGAGGCAGCGAAGGAAAUAUGAGAGAGAGAGAAAGAAGCGCCGAAGAAAGGAGUUAAAGAUGAAGGCAAAAAUGGAGAAGAAAGAAACUAAGGAGGUACCAGUAGAGCCAGAAAACAAAAAGGAGGAGAGCAGAGCUGAGAUUGUCUUUAACAGAGUUGAAGUCCAUGAAGAAAAUGAGUUGAACAAGAUCCAGAAGAAGAAGGAGAAGAGGAAAGCAGUGAAAGGCAAUAUCACUCCUCUGACAGGCAGGAACUACAAGCAGCUGCUGAGCAGGCUGGAGACGAGGAAGAAUAAGCUGGAGGAACUCAAGGAUAAGGAUGAGAAGAAAGCUCGGGAGCUGGAGACCAAGAUAAAAUGGACGAAUGCUCUCUAUAAGGCGGAAGGUGUGAAGAUCCGUGACAACGAGGAGCGGCUGAAAGAGGCUCUGAAGCGCAAGGAGAAGCGCAAAGCACAGCGCAAAAGGCAGUGGGAGCAGCGGACAAUAAGGGUGGUGGAAAAGAUGCAGCAGCGGCAGGACAAGCGGCAGAAGAACAUCCAGAAGAAGAAGAAGGAGAGGAUGGAGAAGAAGAAAGCCAGGGCCAGGAAGAAAGGCCGGAUUCUGCCAGAGGACUUGAAAAAAGCUGGGUUAACAUGAGAGGGAGGCAGCUGGUCCUGGCAGCCCAGAUUCCAGGGCGGACUGUCCCUCUUGUGUGCCACUGUCCUGGGGGAGGGCAGUGCCUGGGGACACCAGGCUGUGGGGCAGGCACUGCCAUGGCUUCCCAGCUUCGUUACAGGGAAAAAAAAAACGUGUGUUUGUUAAUAAAGUUUUGUAUCCCAAGGAAA